UCGAUCCGCUCUAGAUCUCUGUCUGGGCUGUAUACUUAAGUCUACUUUCGAUUUGAAUUUAAACCAUGUUUGCAUAUUUUAUAGGAUCGGUUGUUAUUUUGUGUCUCGGUAUUCAAUAUAUAAUUUUGAAUAGACUUGAGAAAUUGCAAGCAGAUUACAACUCUCUGGCUAUUCAUGAUGCCAAAGACGGCGCCUGGACACAGUGGGGACCAUGGGACCCGUGCAGUGCAACGUGUAAUGGUGGUAUAAAGUUUCGAACCAGGACUUGUUCCGAUCCAACGCCAUCACCUCUAGGAAAAUUCUGUGACGGAGAAGGCAUACAAUAUGGACCUUGCAGUCAGAACACAUGCCCAUAUGCAGAGUCAACAUCAAAAAUAGAAUGUCUACUACAGAGCCAGAGAACUUACAUUGCGUUUACAGCCUAUUUGUCCACACACGCCACACAUUUAAGCAAUGCUCAGAUAAUUCCAUUUGAUAAAGUGGAACUUAACGAAGGACAAGGUUUCAACACCAACACUCACAUCUUCACUUGUCCAGUAACCGGCAUCUACACAUUUCAGACCGCUACAACGAGUACACUUAACGGUGCUCUUCAUGCUGAGAUCGUUAAAGAAGGGAACCAACUUGUUCAGGCUCAUGCUGAACCAGGAGGAAAUUAUAAUCAAGGGUUUAAUUCCAUCAUUACGAAAUGCGACAAGGGCGAAAAAGUGUGGGUACGAAUUGAUCGUUAUGGUAAUGCGGUUAAUAGUGACAAAUUUACAACAUUUUCAGGCUUUCUUCUCUGGGAAAGUAAAUAGACUCAUUAAAGUAUGUACAAUAACAUUAAUAACGGAAAUACACAGGGCGUACGCCCUCUAAAACCAACAUUAACCAGGCAUAAUACGUACAUGUGCAAAAACCUGCUACCUAAUUUUACAAAGACGUCUACUUUUUAUUAGAAAAUGGUGUUUUAGGAUAUCUAGACGCAUGGUACUAUUUUAAGUAAUUAAUAUAUUUAACAACAUUUAACAAUUCCGAUGGACCCGGGCUGAUAGGUUACUUGGUAAAGGAAUCGAUAUUGAUGGCGAAAGUGCCUCUGUUCUCCUUUAUGCAGAUGAUAUAGUAGAGGAUCACGAUACUUUUUAAAGUAAGCGGAUAUAUUCUUAAUGUGACAACAGUACCUGGAGAAUUUGGCUGAAAAUCUACUGGAAAUCAGUUAUUAGUCCCCUACUGGUUGAAAACCAGUUUCGGGGACUAUAGGAAUGCGCUUUUCCGUCAUUCCGUCCGUCCGUCCGCAAUUUUGUGUCCGGUCCAUAACUCUGUCAUCCAUUAAGGGAUUUUAAUAUUACUUGGCACAAAUGUUCCCCAUGAUGAGACGACGUGUCAUGCGCAAAACCCGGGCCCCUAGCUCAAAGGUCAAGGUCACAAUUGGAGGUCAAAGAUCAACAUGGCUUUUUUCCUGUCCGGUCCAUAACUCUCUCAUCCUUGAAGGGAUUUUAGUAUUACUUGGUACAAGUGUUCCCCAUGAUGAGAUGACGUGUCAUGUGCGAAUUCCGGACCCCUAGCUCAAAGGUCAAGGUCACAAUUGGAGGUCAAAGGUCAACAGGGCUAUUUUCCUGUCCGGUCCAUAACUCUGCCAUCCAUGAAGGGAUUUUAAAUUUACUUGGCACAAAUGUUCCCCAUAAAGAGACGGCAUGUCAUGCGCAAAACCUAGACCCCUAGCUUUAAGGUCAAGGUCACAAUUGGGUGUCAAAGGUCAACAGGGCUUUUUUCCUGUCCGGUCCAUAACUCUCCCAUCCAUGAAGGGAUUUUAAUAUUACUUGGCUCAAAUGUACCUCAUAAUAAGACGAUGUGUCAUUCACAACUUUCAGACCCCUAGCUCAAAGUUCAAGGUCACACUUAGCAGUCAAAUGUUAACAUAGCAUGAACAGGGUCUGUUUCGUGUCCGGUCCAUAACUCUGACAUUCAUUAAGGGAUUUUAAUAUCACUUGGCACAAAUGUUCCCCAUGAUGAGACGACGUGUCGUGCGCAAAUCCCGGACCCCUAGCUCAAAGGUCAAGGUCACAAUUGAGGGUCAAAGGUCAACAGAGUUUUUUUCCUGUCCCGUCCAUAACUCUGCCAUCCAUGAAGGGAUUUUAAUAUUACUUGGCACAAAUGUUCCCCAUGAUGAGACAACAUGUCAUGUGCAAAGCCCAGACCCUUAGCUCAAAGGUCAAGGUCACAAUUGGAGGUCAAAGGUCAAUAAGGUUUUUUUCCUGUCCGAUCUAGAACUCUGUCAUCCAUCAAGGGAUUACAAUAUUAUUUGGCAUAAAUGUUCCCCAUGAUGAGACGACGUGUCAUGCGCAACACACAGUACCCUAGCUUAAAGGUCAAUGUCACACUUUGAGAUCAAAGGUCAAGAGGAUUUUUUUCCUGUCCGGUCUAUAACUUUGUCAUGCAAAACAGGAUUUAGAUAUCAGUUGGCACAAUUAUUCCCCUGGAUGAGACAACAUGUCUUGCGCAAAACCCAGGCCCAAGGUCUAAUGUCAAGGUCACACUUAGAGACCAAAGGUCAGACACAAGAAUGACUUUGUCUGGAGCAUUUCUUCUUCAUGCAUGGAGGGAUUGUGAAGUAACUUGGCACAAAUGUUCACCAACAUAAGACGGAUUGUCAUGCGCAAGAACCAGGUCCCUAGGUCUAAGGUCAAGGUCAUAUUUAGAGGUCAAAGGUCAAAUUCAAGAAUGACUUUGUACGGAGCAUUUCUUCUUCAUGCAUGGAGGAAUUUUGAUGUAACUUGGACCAAAUGUUCACCACCAUGAGGCACCCUUGUUUUUAGAAUUACGUCCCUUUCUUAUUACUAUAAAUAGAUUUUAUUGUAACUUUUUUAUUACUGGCGGUAGAAAAAAAAUCGAGACCACUUUUCUGUGGUUGUGGUACAGCAUGCAUGUUACAUCCAAUUUUUAGAUAUAUUUUGACCUAUGUCUAUCUGUUAAAGAGUUUUUUGUGGACUUAUAUUAUAGCUGCGAGUGUCUGUUUUGUGUUAUUGAUUAACACGGUUUUAAAUGCAUUUCUAAAUGUGUGUAAAUAUGUAUAUUGUUGUUGUUGUUGCUACUGCAUGAAAACGUGCUUAAAAUAAGUACGCAUGCCAUUUUUCAUGUUAUACAGAGAGAUUUUAUGAUAAUAAUGAUAAUUAUAAUAAUCAUAUUUUAUUACUUAUCAGUGCAAAAAAUAUAGUUUUAAUAGUUUUAUUUUAAAGGAAUGCAUCCGUUGUACAUAAUUGUUAGUAUGGACAGAUGUUUGAGCUCGUAUGAGCACCAUGAGCUUUAACCUUUAUCCUGCUCAAUUUCUAAAAUGGGCUUGUCCAUCAUUCAAUUUGGGCAGUACCAUUUAUUAUUCGAAGGGGUUUUCACUGAAAAUGUACGGACUGAAUAGCGAAUAGUGCAAACCAUAAUCAGCCAGCAUGGAUGUGCGGGCUGAUCUUGGUCUGCACUGGCCGCAAAGGCAGAAUCAUUCGUGUCCAGCAUGAUAAGGGUUAAGGGUCUUUAUGAAAUCCGCUUGGUUUCAACAUUGUCUGAAAAUCUCGGACGUUUCAACUAAACUUCACGGACAUACUUUAAAUUGUCCCUUUUCAGAUUCAUACAAAUUUGGGUCAUCCAGAAAGGAACAUUGAAACAUCUUGGACCGAUUUCGACUGACUAAUUACUUGAGUAACACUCUUCAAAAUUCCUUCAAAUCAGUCCUACUUGUUUAAACGAAAUGACUGCUAGAGGGACGGGGCAUGUUUUCCUUAAAUGGUCUUUUUUCUGAAACUACUGGCAUUAUCUCCAAAGAAAAACAUGGUCGUUUUGGGACGGAGCAGGCUUUCUUUAUAUAGCUGUAGUGGAAAGUUCGAUUUCAGAAAAUUAUGAUCCUUGAUUGAAAUCUUACUAAAUUCAUCCCAAUCGUUCAGCUGUGUUAAAAAAACUUGAGCCGAUUAAGGAUCGUGGUUUUCUUUAUACCGUUAUAGCGUUAAACUUUUUUUUAUAUAUAUAAUACAGCUGGCCUGGUUUCAAAUUACUGAGUUUCACAGAAUUGCUCAACUGGUGACCCUUAACCGAGAAUGUAAAAAUGUGUUUUCGUUUCGAAAACGUGGCUGCCAAAAGGGGAACGUUGUCACAUAUCCUUAUAUCUGCGCAGCAGAAACUUAAAACACCUUCUCGCCAGAAACCGCUGUCCAGAUUUGAAAUAAUUCUAUACUCAUUUUCCUUUUGGUUAAUUAUUCCGUUGACCAACAGAGCUUAAAAAGAAAACGAACCAAAAGUCAUUUCCCCUUAACCUUGAGAUUCGGUCCAAUUUAGAAAUUAUUUUCCAGCAUUGUUCUUUGGAGACGAUCCGGCAAGAAUAUACCCUUUUUUUCUGCUGUGACACCUACGCUUCAAUGAUUGGCCCGAUCAUGCUCGUUUUCCCUGUGUAGCUAUAUGAGACCUGCAGGUCUACAUUUAAAGUAAUAUUUUGGACUACAAAAAAAUGUUGCAUUUUAGAGUCUUGGAGUUCGGGUUAGCAAUCAUGGUUCUCUUGGUUACGUUGUAGUAUUUAUGUGGUAUGUUAUAUGAAUAAGGCUGGAUUUUAGCAUGCCUCCAGAUUUGGCUAAAAAAUAAUCUUUCUUUCAAAUUGAAGUUUGGUCAUAUUAUGAACAUUAGAAUAUGAAUUUUUGUUUCUAACAUAUUUUAAAAGUUCCAAAUCAAGAAAAAAAGAUGACCGCGUCGGGAAUGGAACCCCGGACCGCCGCGGCAAUAAAGACAUUUUCCCGUCGUCGUAACCAAUAGCGCUAUAGCUGAAGUAGUGAAUAAUGACUUCAAAGUAUAGAUAUUUAUAAUGGAGACAGUUUACCUGGGGUAAAAGCGUGACAAACGCUUUUCGAUUUUCAUCGCAGAAAGUAGUAAAAACAGCAAAUUCUCAUGUGUUUCCGUAACACAAAGUUUGUCAGUAAUUAAGUUUUAAAGCCUUCUUAAGAAAUAUAGCAUUUAUUUCAAGAUAUCUAAAAAAAGAUUUUUUUUGUUGUUGUCGAACGAUCUGGAGGUAUGCAGCUUUAAGUGUACUUAUAACCCUUUUUCUAGAUAUAUAUGUACAAGUUUAGCAUAUGAAAUGUCAUUUCUUUUAUAAUUAUAAAUAUAAGCUUAUAAUAAUUUAAAAACUCUCUUUUGUUUAUAGUUUAUUAGCUUCGUAUCGAGAAAUGUGCACGAGUUUUGCAGCGGAAAUAUUGCGCAACUUCAGGAGCGCAAUAUUAUUCCGCUAAAAAACGAAUGCAUAUUUUCUGAUGCAAAGCUAAUUAUCUUUUUAUUACAUCAUGACUUAUCAACACAUAUUAAUAUUGUAUAAAUGUUAUGAAUUUCUUCCAUAGCCUGAAUAAAAUGGAUAAAACUUACAUAAAUAUGUUUAUGCCUUAUGGACCUUAUGUCAUAUGAUGUGGGGGAUGAUGUAAACAAAUA